AGUGGUUUCAGGUUCGAGGUCCAGCUGCUCCUGUGAUUGUUUUCCCUGGUGAAGACGCUGUCCUGCCCUGUUACCUCUCACCUGAAAUCAGUGCUGAGGACCUACAGAUCAGGUGGUUUAGAAAGGAUUACAAUGACCCUGUGUGUUUGUAUGAAUCAGGCUGGUAUAACUUUGAAGGACAGAGCCCAGACUACAGGGACAGGGCUGGUCUAUUCCCAGAGGAGCUCCACAGAGGCAAUGUGUCUUUAUCACUGAGAGAUGUGAGACGCUCUGACCAUGGACAGUAUAAAUGCUAUGUGGUAUCUAAACAGGUGGAGGAUGACACUGUUAUUGACCUGGGUGUGAGAGCCCUGGGCUCCCAGCCCUCAGUGUCUCUCCACUCCCCUGGAGGAGAUCAGGCCCAGCUGCUGUGCAGAUCAGAGGGCUGGUUCCCUCAACCUGCAGUGAUCUGGACAGACAGGGAUGGAAACGAGGUGACAUCACAGCCCCCCACAGUGGACACGGACAGUCAGGGGCUCCUCAGUGUCAGCAGCUACAUCCCAGUCAAACAGGAGUCCAACAUCUUCUCCUGCCUGGUGAGAAGUGCUCUUCCUGAGCCAGACUGGGGAUCUCAGCUCCACAUACCCAAAGACUAUUUCCCUGCUCCCUCUGGAUGGAUGGUGACUCUCUUCCUAACAGCAGCUGUUACUGUAGCAGCAUCAGUACUUCUGGUGAUCCAGUGGAGAAGAAUGAACAGGGAGGAGAAACUCAAUGCCAUUCCUGUCAUCCUCGCAGAACUGGUGGAGACUGGGGAUCCUGAAAUGGACUGACUGCAGACUGUAGGAUAAACUCUGCUAUAAUAACAGGUAAGAAGCAAUAA